AUGGCAGAAGCAAAUCCAGAACAAGGGACCCUCGCCUUCCUGCUGGCUUCGAACCUGAGCGUUCCGGGGCAGUUGCUAGGCAACUGGCAGCAGCCGCCGCUGCCCUGCUCCCUACGAGGCUCCCUGGACCUGUGGGGUACUCAGCGGCUGCAGCUGGGUCUCGGGGGCCUUUCCCACGUUUCAGGGUCCCCGGUGCUCUGUGGCCAUGCUGCGCCGGGUAUGGGGCUUCCUGCUGCCCGCCGUGGCCGGCCGGGAGGAAUUGAUGUGGGAGAUAGGUGGCAUUUUCCAGAUGAUUUUCCUGAUAGAGAAAGACAAUCUGGCCAGUUGUGGAAAUACCUGUUGGCCGGAGGCAUAGCUGGUACUUGUGCUCGAACAUGCACAGCGCCGUUAGAUCGUCUGAAAAUCCUAAUGCAGGCUCAGAGUUCAGAACCAAAGAAAGUGAAGUUAAUGAGCCAUUUGAUGGAGAUGGUGAAAGAGGGUGGAGUGAUUUCUUUGUGGAGAGGAAAUGGUGUGAAUGUUCUCAAGAUUGCUCCUGAAACAGCUGUUAAGGUCUGCUCAUAUGAACAGUAUAAGAAAUUUUUUGCUUCUGAAGAAGUCAAAUCAGAAGCUACUGAGAAAUUUGUUUCUGGUGCUUUUGCUGGUGCUACUGCCCAGACCUUCAUUUACCCCUUAGAGGUUUUAAAAACCAAGUUGGCCAUAAGUAGAACAGGUCAGUACUCUGGGAUGUUGGAUUGUGUCAGGAAAAUUUGGAAGCAUGAGAGGGUUAGAGGCUUUUACAAAGGUCUUGUUCCUGAUUUUCUGGCUGUCAUACCAUAUGCAGGUGUGGAUAUAACUAUUUAUGAGAUGAGUUUGUUUCCAUGA